GAUAUAUUUUGUAUUAUCUACCUACUGUUGUUUUGGUUGUAGAAUUACUGACUGACUGAAGUAGGGUUAUUGGUUUUGGUAUAAUUGUAUUGUAUUGUAUUGUACCUAGCAGUAAUCAUCUCGUUAAAACACGACGGUUUAGAGCGUCCGUUUAAAACUAAAAACAUAAACAAUGCAUUUACAAACUUCACAUCGUAAGCGACCAUCACCAUCGCCAAGCCAACCGUCUUAAAAUAUCGAAUUCAAUUUUAUAUUUACCUAAUAUAAAAGCGAGAUGAUUGAAGCAUCAAGGUAAGCAGCAAGGUGUGUCUUGCUCAAUGAUCUGUCGACCUCGUAUCGCGAGCGAUGCUCUCGGCCAGCCUGGCAUUCGCGCCUUGCUUCUGCUCCUAACCAUCGCUUCGCUAUACUCGAUAUACGGUUCGCUCUACUUUUACCGCGAUCCCCUCUCCAUAUUCUUCUCGGAAAGGCAUGGAUUCGACCGCUUCUACUCGGCCACGCGCCAGGCCGAAGCCGAGCAAUUCCUCGACGCCGUCAUGGCCGACCCCGACUUGGCGCAAUCCGAACUAGGCAAUUCCGGUCCCACCCCCAAGAUUUGUGCCGUCUUCAUAACCGUGGGAAGAAUUAUGGAUGGUCGGCAGUACAUCGAUAGCGCUGUGGGCUCGUUCUUGGCCAACAUGUCCCGUGCCGAGAGGGAGACCGUUCACCUGAAGAUCUUCUUUGCCGACGUGCCGGACCCCAACACCCAACACAAGAGCUACGCCUCUCUAUCGGCAGCUGGCAUCGCCGACGAAAUAUUCACUUAUAACUCCACCUUACCCCCGGAAGAAAAAGACGCCAAGAUUCGCGAGUUUAUGGAGUAUACAAAGGAUCGUCAGAAUAAGCAUAAGCUCGAGAAGAAAACGGUAUAUGACUACGCCUACGCACUCGAUCGUUGUCUUCUGACUACCGAAGCCCCUUACAUUGCGCUAUUCGAGGAAGAUAUUCUCCUCGCAGACGGUUGGGCAGCGAGGACCCUACGGAACCUACAAAUUAUUGAGGAGAUGAUGAAGGACCCAAGGCGACGCGAACCUAAGAAGGGCAAAAUCGAUCCAGGCGUGCCAAAUACGUGGCUAUACCUACGUCUUUUUAACCAAGAACGAAGCUUUGGAUGGUCGGGCGGGCCUGGAUUCAGAAGCAAUAAGCUUCACAUUAUAUCCAUCGCCGUGUCCAUUCCGCUCCUCCUAGUUCUACUACUAGUACGUAGAAAGAUGCCCCGUCACUUGGCUCGACACCUGGAUGGGUGGACGUUACUAGUGAUAUGCGGCCUCGCCGUACCGCUAAUAUUAUGGCUAUUCUACGCCUCCGGUAAAGCCUCUCUCAUUGGUUCGCCACCAGGGGUUCGCGAGGAGUUUUUCGGUUGUUGCAACCAGGCGUUGGUCUACAACCGGGAGCACGUCGAAGAGUUAUCGGACUUCUUGAUGACGGCUUCCGGACGCGCAGUCCCCGGUAGGAGCGACAUGCUUCCGAAGAAGUUCGCUUACAACCACGGCUUCGCGAGAAUUAGUGCGUAUCCGAUGUUGGCGCAGCACGCGGGUAGAGUGAGCGCCAUCGACACGAGUAACGACGAGGCCAAGCGCGUAUGGAGCAUGGCUUUCGAGGACUUGAAGCCGGCCAAGUUGGCGAAGGAGCAUGUCAGAGAUGUGCAGGCUCUGUUCGGAGACGAGGCGGUCGAGCAGAUGAGAAGACAGCGGAUUCGAACACCAGGUAUAGCGUGAAGUAAUUUUCAGAACGAUUUAUGACAUUACUCAAGUUACCUCUCUCGUUGCUCUUGGAUCAUAUCUCAGUACACUAUUUUACACAUAUUGUAGACGCAUAUCACGGGCUCGAGACCGUUAGUCAAUUCGCCGCAGGUACCUUACCGAUUCGAAUCAAAGCCAGACGUCUUCAUCUAUAAACUCUAUUCAAGCCAUUCC